GCCCGCGAAAGUUUUGUAACAACAAUGGCGUCCAAAGCAGGUCGUCGGGGAACGAAGCGCAAAGCUGAGGUUCCAGCAGAGGAGGAAAAUCCAGAGGUGGAGGAGAAGAAGGAGGGAGGAGCAGAGGAGAACGGACCGCAGGGCCAAAGAGUCAUCAUUGAACACUGCAAGAGCUGACGGGUCUAUGGACGUAAUGCCGAGGGGGUGAAAUCUGCCCUCUUAGCUGCGCGUCCUGAUCUGACGGUGGUACUCAACCCUGAGAAACCCCGCAGGAACAGCUUCGAGAUAACCCUGCUGGAUGGAGGCAAAGAAACAUCACUGUGGACGGGAAUAAAGAAGGGUCCGCCUCGCAAGCUGAAAUUUCCUGAACCUGAUGUUGUAGUUGCUGCUCUACAGGAGGCUCUGAAGACCGACUAGAUUCCAUGUGAAGCUGAAUUCAGGAGAUGUGGCAGUGGAAGCAGAAUGAUGAGGAGUGACCAAUGGGAUUUUCUCAGUCUCUCCUCUGAUGAUCCAAGCUUCGGCAGCUCUCACCUGGACAUACAGCGACACCUUGUGGAGCAUCUGAGCCAAUACAUCCGUCCUCAAAGAUCUGUUAUAUUUUGUUAUGGUGUACUGUUGUUUGACAUCUGUUUGCUUGAUAAAUAAAGUGUUCUUGUUUUUCAUAUG